AUGCUGCCAGUCGACACUGCAAGAAAUACAAUUGAAACUGUUCAAGCCAAAGCAAGUUUGGACAUUCCUGUCACUCAAAGUACUGCUCGAGACACUCAUCGAGACACUCCUCGACGUAUACCUUCUUCUGUUCAAAAUGCUCUUGUUCAGAUCUACUCCACCACUCCGUAUCCUACAACUCAACUGCAUCACACAAUUGCUUGUGUCUCGGGAAUAUCUCCCAAAACCAUCAGAAUAUGGUUUCAGAAUAGGAGACAGAAAGAAAGGGAUGUCAACAAGAGAGCUUCCUUGAUUCAUAGACAACGAACGUCUCACAACCCAAUCGAUACUGUUGAUUCAACCUUGUCGCUUGUCUCGACUCGUGAUGUAGCUUGUCAAACCAUUCUUACAUCCAUCAAUUGUUUCAAUAUUCAUUCGCAUCUCUCUUGA